AUGAAGCGAGAGAUGAAGUCGCUUGAAGAACACAGCACAUGGAAGCUAAUGGACAUGCCACCGGGCAAGAAGGCCGUUGGCUGCAAGUGGGUCUUCAAGAUUAAACGCGAUCCAAGUGGCGAGAUCAUCAAGUUCAAGGCACGCUUGGUUGCGAAAGGGUUCACGCAGCGUCCUGGCAUCGACUACAACGAGACCUUUGCACCAGUGGCGCGCAAGGAAUCUAUCAACACAGUGUGGGCGAUCGCUGCAGCUGAAGACCUGGAAGCAGAGAACGUUGAUGUCGACACAGCGUUUCUCUACGGCGAAGUGGAAGAGGAGAUCUACAUGGACCAACCUGACGGUUUUGAAGAUGAAGGAAGCCCGAAUAAGAAGUGUUUGCUGCAGAAGGCGCUAUACGGGACGAAGCAAGCGGCGCGGCAGUGGAACAACAAGUUGAGUCAGCACUUGGUUGAUCAAGGAUUCAAGAGCAGUGCAGCGGACCCGUGUGUGUUCGUUCGAGUGACAAGAGAGGAGUACAGCAUCAUUGUGAUCUACGUGGACGACUUGAUGAUUUUCUGCAAGACGAAGGAGCACAUCGCAAGUAUCAAGAACUCAUUGAUGGAAGAUUUCAGCAUUAAAGAUCUUGGAGAUCUCAAGUACUGCCUCGGGAUCGAGAUUCAUCGCAAGCGCGAAGAUGGAACGAUCAAGAUGAACCAGAAGGCGUACAUCAAGCGACUUUCGGAGAAGUUCGGCGUUGAGAACUGCAAGGACAUGCACACGCCGGCGGACAGUAAUUCGAAGCUGAUCAAGAUGAGUCAAGAGGAAGCGUUUGUACCAAAGUACCCAUACCGUGAGCUGGUGGGCGCUUUAAUGUACAUCGCCACAUGUACACGACCGGACAUUGCGCAUGCGGUUGGCGAAGUUGCGAAGUUUUGCGAGCGCUACGACAAGUCGCAUUGGACAGCAGCAAAGCGGAUUCUCAAGUAUCUCAAGACGACUCAAGACUUAAGCAUCGUGUUCAGCGGCAUCAACAAGGGAGAGCUUAUUGGAUUUGCAGAUGCAAACUGGGCUGGCGACCUCGACACGCGGCGUUCGACAACAGGAUACGUUUUCUUCCUGAACGGAAGCGUGAUAUCGUGGAAUUCGAAGCGUCAACCAACGGUCGCGACCUCAAGUACGGAAGCAGAGUACAUGAGUCUGUACAGCGCGACGCAGGAAGCAAUUUGGCUUCGAGGUCUGCUCAAGGACCUGAACUACUGUGCCAAGAACGCGACGACGAUUUUUCAAGACAAUCAAGGAUGCAUCGCGCUGGCCAAGAAUCCUGUGUACCACUCGCGCACGAAGCACAUCGACAUCAAGUUUCACUUUUUGCGUGAAAAGGUUGCAAGUGCAGUUAUCGCGCUAGAGUUCAAGCCGACAGAAGAAAUGGUCGCGGAUGGAUUCACCAAAGCACUAUCAAGAGACAAGCACAGCAAGUUCAUCACGGGUUUGUGCAUGGCGGUGUAG